GACCGGCGGAGUGAGCGAGCGGAGAUCUCCAAUAGCGGAAGCUGAAUAUGAUCCUCAGGUCCGGGAAACUUUUUGCGGAAAAUGUUUAGGAUACGUUUGGAUAUGUGAUGGUCACUCACGGCGUAACGACAUGAAUUUGUUUCAAUACGGGAGUGGAGGAAAAUUAAGUUAACAGGUGCGUAAUCGUUACAGUCUAGCAUGAUUCCCGGUGGCUUCUGGUACCAUCCCCAGUUCAGAAGCUCUCUGGAAUUCGCGGUGAGAGCGCGUUAGUUGAUGGCACUGCGCGCUGGGAGGACUUUGGUUUGGUUCGGGCAGGUUUUGCGCAGAGUCUCACGGCUGCAGGGUUUGUGGUCCCGGCGAUCCAGCAGUCUGCUGUGUCUCUCCACCAGCCAGGACCACGAUCAGGGGACCUGUUACAUCCGCAACCAGUGUCCUAAGAGCCAUCCACAGCAGCGGCAGUGCUCUCGGGUCUGCCCUUAUCCGCCCUUUCCCGCCUGCUGCUGCGCCUUCCCGGGGGAUACGGGGGGACAUGUACCCCUCAGCCGCCGGUUCCUGGUGGCCAUGAAGAGGCAGAACGUGCGGACGCUGUCCCUCAUCGUCUGCACGUUCACCUAUUUGCUUGUCGGUGCCGCCGUCUUUGACGCGCUGGAGUCGGACUUCGAGAUGAGGGAGAAGGAACAGCUGGAGGCUGAGGAGAAGAGACUACAGGGCAAAUACAACAUCAGCGAGGAUGACUAUAGAAAGCUGGAGACAAUCAUCAUCGAGGCCGAACCGCACAGAGCGGGGGUCCAGUGGAAAUUUGCAGGGUCCUUUUACUUCGCCAUCACGGUCAUAACCACUAUAGGUUACGGCCACGCAGCUCCGGGCACAGACGCGGGAAAGGCCUUCUGCAUGUUUUACGCCGUGCUGGGUAUCCCGCUCACGCUGGUGAUGUUCCAGAGCCUCGGUGAACGGAUGAACACCUUCGUGAAGUGCCUGCUGAAGCGCAUCAAGAAGUGCUGCGGGAUGCGCAUCACGGACGUGUCGAUGGAGAACAUGGUCACCGUGGGCUUCUUCUCUUGCAUGGGAACGCUCUGCAUCGGAGCGGCUGCCUUCUCCCACUACGAAGACUGGAGUUUUUUUCAGUCGUAUUACUAUUGCUUCAUAACGCUCACCACCAUCGGCUUCGGGGACUUUGUAGCCCUUCAGAAGAACAGAGCGCUGCAGAGAAAGCCGCUCUACGUGGCGUUCAGCUUCAUGUACAUCCUGGUGGGGCUGACGGUGAUCGGAGCGUUCCUCAACCUGGUAGUGCUACGUUUCCUGACCAUGAACAGCGAGGACGAGAGGAGGGACGCCGAGGAGAGAGCUUCCCUGGCGGGUAACCGCAGCAGCAUGAUCAUCCACAUCCAGGAGGACACGCUCCAGAGGACUCGACGGAGACGAGAGCAACAGCAACAGCAGCAACGCUACAAGUCAGAGGUCACUGACCUCCAAUCUGUCUGCUCCUGCAUGCACUACCAUUCGCACGAGUUCGGGAGCUCGGUCGGCCUCGGUCUGGGCGUGGGAGGAGGGUUUCAGCACCAGAACUCGUUCGGCUCGCAGCUGAGCCCGCAUCAGUACUACAACUCCACGGUGUCUUACCGCAUCGAGGAGAUCUCGCCCAGCACGUUGAAAAACAGCUUCCUCCCCUCUCCCAUCAGCUCCGUUUCCCCCGGGCUGCACAGCUUCACGGAGAACCUCCGGCUGAUGAGACGACGCAAGUCCAUCUGAGGCCGGUAUUCUCGCUGAACACGCAUAUCCGAUGCUGCUGAUCCACCAAACGUCAUUCCUGCACUUUGUCUUCAUUUCUCGGCUCUUACGAGAUUACAAACACACAGAAGAGAUGUCAGUGCAAGAAUUCUGUUGGGUUGAUGGAUAUACGAUGGGACGUGUGACUUGUUAAAUUUUCUGGCAAGGGUUGAGAAGCAUGAAGCAUGGAUAUCUAUUUUUUCAGAACACUUCGUCAGGGCUUUCUUUGGCCCGGGGAGCAGCCUGCCCAAAAGCGGGUUUGGAUAUAAUAAUAUGACGAUGUACACUUGAGUUUUGAAUAAUACAGAGGUGGAUCUAUAUAAAUAUAUAAUUUUUUAAGGGGCGUGUGUUUUAUCAAACGGCGAGCAGCCUCUGGUUCCUCGUGAGAUUCAAGUGCCACACCACCGAAGGAUAUUUAACGUUAUAUACUGCUUUGAAAAGGACUACACAGUUUCAGGUAUUGUUUUCUAUAAGCAAUUCUAUUUAAGAAAAUAAGACGUGAAUUCACAUCAGGCCAAAAUAUCGUUGCCAACCAUAGCAUGUGCAUUAGCCGUCGUUCGAUGUGCGUCAUCGUUUCCGUUACCUUUCGUUUCGCUCUUUGUUUCCGUUCCAUUUCUUGUAAAUGAUACAUGUGCGUGGAGACUUUUCAAGGGACAGCCGAUGUGGGUCACGGAAGAAGAAGAAAUGCAUGUGCUUUGUUCGAAAUGCGUGUACUGUCCGAAAGGAAAGCCAUGGCUAGCUUAGCGCUGGUUUCCGACACAAAAAGCAAAUAAUCCUUUAAAGUUUUUUUUUGCCUCUAAAAUGUCCACGAAUCAAAACCACACACAGUACUCGAUCUCAAGGGCCUUCAAUAAAGACUCGCCAUGGAAAAGUGAAACACAUCACAUGUGAAUGUUAUUCAUGAUUAUUUAUAUAAACCACAGCACGUUGACUUAUUAUUCUGCUGUGAACAGAAUCAAAUGUAUAAUGUAUGCUUACCGUAGCAAUGAUUGCUUUUCUCUCAACCAUAACCGUGGCAUUCAUUUGAAUGAAAAUGAUUUAAAUGCAUCAAUAAAGACAGUUAUUUAUGUAUUUUACACUUUAUUGAUGUGGUCGGAAGAUGCCCUGAGUGACAGAUUGUACUUUAUAGCCAUAAUAAUCUCUCUGAUAUUGAUUGGAAACUGCAUUGGACCUCUUUCAGGAUGUAUUGAGAUUUUAUUCGCUGGAUGUAAAAUGGAAUGGUU